AUGACAUAUCGCUUGACCUCUGUUUCCAAUCAAGAUUUUUCAGAAGCCGAGAACGGUGGCGCCAUCGGGCUUGAUAUCAAUCAUCCUGGAGGCAGGAACACGGAGGAGGAUCAUCGACACUUUCCGGGUAACGAGAGGAAUACGAGAAAUAACAACAACAACAAUAACAAUAACAAUAACAACAGUAACAGUAACAGUAACAGUAACAGCGGUAGCAAUAGCAACAAUAACCAAAGCAGCAACAGCACCGAUAACAACAAUACCAAUAAUAAAGAGGAAGUUAAAGAAGAGGAAGUUUGGCCCGUUGAGAAUAUCGACGUUAAUUCUACGAUCGAUUUGUUUUAUCCAAAGAAAAAGAGAAAAUCUGAUGUAACGACGUCAUCGGCAACGACGAUGACACCGACGAUAGAACGAUCGAAUAGGAAUAAUAAUACCGAAAAGAGGACAAUUAGAAAGGAAGUAAAUAGAAUCGAGUUUCUCGAUUACGAGGAGACAGAGUCGUCACGGUAUCAGAGGGAUCAGAGUAAAAAGGUUGAUCAGGGUAUAUCGAGGAUUCAGGAUGAUCCCAAGGACGAUUCAACCGUGACGAUCGUACCACCGAGAUCCCAUCAAAGGAUACCGAUCGAUGUCACUACGUCCAGGGAUUUCUCGGUGUUAGCUGGUAGUACGAGCCUAUUCGAAAGCCGAUUGGAAAACAGUGUCACAGUGAAGGCUACUUACUUGGAACAACAGCAACAACAACAGUAG